CUGAAAUGAUGCUACGAUCAUGGAAACGUCACCAGGGGAAAGAGAUUGAAGAGUUCGAAGAAUUCAGGUUAUUGACUUCGGACAUUAUAUCGAGAACAGCUUUCGGGAGUAGCUACUUGGAAGGGAAGAACAUUUUCGACAUGACCAAAAAAUAUUCCGACAUUAUACGAAGGAAUGUGUUUAAAAUCAGACUUCCAGGCAUCAGUGAGAUUUGGAAAACCUCGGACGAGAUCGAAUCAGACAAGCUUCUAAGUCUAAUGCGCGACUCCGUGAUGAAAAUGGUCGAAGAAAAAAGAAGAAAGAGUGAAACUUGGAGACAUGGAUAACUUUGGUAAUGAUUUUCUUGGAUUGCUUUUACAAGCGU